CUUCAUUUAUAGUGUUGGCGGGGGAACUAGUAGUCGGAUGUCACGCACAUGUAAAACAAUUAGAUCUAACCCACGACUCAUUUCACUACAUGUAAUCGUAAACAAUGGUUUAUUUAAAACAUGAAGAAGAUUAAAAGUUACAGCAAUGUUUAACUUUUUCUUUUGAAAUUGUGUAUUUAUUCUUAAUGAAUAAUAAUUUGGAUACUACAUUUGUAUUAUAUAUAAAAUGUCAAGGAAUAUCUGUUCUCUGUGCACGGUAAUUUCGGCUAUAUUAUCAACAGUCAUCAUACCCAGCAAAGGUGUAGUGCUAGACUGUUAUACCACAACAGUUUCGAAGUACGACGGACAUCAGCAGACGUCUAAAGACGAACAACCGUGUUUACGAUGGGAUCAGUUUGAGACAUACAGUGCGAGUGACUUUCCAGAUGCCACAAAGUCAGACGCAGCUAACUUCUGUCGUUCUCCAGAUGGACAUAACGAAUCCUGGUGUUUUACAACAGAUCAAGGAGAUCGGCGGCCUUGUGGUAUCACAAAAUGUGGUGACGAUGGUUUGAGUAAUUGUGGUCAAUUGAGUAUUGCCAAACCUACAAUACUAGGACGGUAUGUCGAAUUUUCUUUUACCCCCGACACGUAUGAUCCAAAUGCAAUUCUAGAAUGGCAGCGCAGCAUGAAUGGAAAAGAUCGGUGGAAAACGCUCCCCUUAAACGACAAGUUUAAUCAGUUUGAGAAAAAUAUGAUUUACCACAUGAUAUUAUCAGACACUGAGAAAAACCAAGACGAGAGAUUUUACCGAGUACAUUAUUAUAAUGAGACAUCACAUUGCUGGAUGAACGCUGGUAAACUGACGCUUGAAGGUAUGGUGUAUUAAUUUAUAUAGUAAUCA